AUGGGGAAGAGAGCAGCCCAGGAGAAGGGAGAGCUGAAGCUCCAGGGCUCGGCCGUCUCCCUGUCGGACACCAUCCAGAAAUGGAGAGAGUACCAGCAGCAGUGCCUGAGCAGCUUCCAGCAGGUGCCCACCCUACUGACUGGCAGGUUCUGUAACAGAACAUUCGAUGAUUACGCCUGUUGGCCGGACGCUCUCCCUGGGACCUACGUGAAUGUCACUUGCCCUUGGUACCUGCCCUGGUCACACAAAGUGACCCAUGGGAGGGUUUUCCGCUACUGCACCCCUGAAGGCAAUUGGCUGUUAAAGGAGAAUUCUAGCGCCCCCUGGAGAAACCUGUCAGAAUGCGAGGACAGAUCCCUGAAGGUGCCCCCCGAGGAGCAGCUCUCAUCCUUGUCUGUUAUUUACACCAUCGGGUAUUCCCUCUCCUUCUCCGCUCUUAUCAUAGCCACCAUCAUCUUGGUGAGAUUCCGGCACUUGCACUGCACCCGGAAUUACAUCCAUCUCAACCUUUUCACCUCCUUUAUCCUGAGAGCCAUCUCCGUGUUUAUAAAGGACUCGGUGCUGAAGUGGAUGUACAACUUGGCCAUGAAUGACAACCAGUGGGAGGGACUGGUCUCCUAUCAGGAGUCACUGAGCUGCCGGCUGGUGUUUGCCAUGAUGCAGUACUGUGUGGCGGCCAAUUACUACUGGCUCCUGGUCGAAGGGAUCUACCUACACACCCUAUUGGUCCUCUCAGUCUUCUCUGAGCAGCGGCUCUUCAGGCUUUAUCUCUGCAUUGGAUGGGGUGUGCCGGUGCUGUUUGUCGUCCCCUGGGCCAUAGUCAAGUACCUGUAUGAAGACAAUGGCUGCUGGACACGGAAUUACAAUAUGAAUUUCUGGCUGAUCAUCCGGCUCCCAAUCCUUAUGGCCAUCGGGGUGAAUUUCGUGAUCUUCAUCCGAGUGAUUUGCAUCAUCAUCUCCAAGCUGCAGGCCAACCUCAUGUGCAGAACCGACACCAAGUGCAGGUUGGCCAAGUCCACCCUGACCCUGAUCCCCCUGUUGGGAACCCACGAGAUCAUCUUCGCAUUUAUCACAGACGAACACGCUAAGGGAGCGCUGCGCUACAUCAAGCUCUUCUUCGAGUUGUCCUUUAGCUCCUUCCAGGGGCUGAUGGUCGCCAUUCUUUACUGUUUUAUCAACAAUGAGGUCCAAACCGAGUUCCAGAGACGAUGGGAGCGAUGGCGGCUGGAACAUUUCUACAGCCACAGAGACAGCGGCCUGAAGCCGAUCAAAUUCCCGGCCAACAGUCUGAGCAGUGGGGUCACCGUGGGCAGCAGCGUUUAAAUCUGUCCCUUUGGGGGAGACCGGGGGACCCCCGGGCAGAGUCGGCUUAUGAAGGUGGCACUUUCACGAGGAGGCACCAACGGAGAUUUCAUAAGCACCCAGGUCCAUUCAUUACUCACGCGGGGCGCCCCCAUGUCUCUUGGGGCGCAAUGUUCUCAUUGUGUGGGGUCCCCCCCUCUCUCUCUGAGAUCAAUGGGAUGAAGAACUGUCACGGAGAGGAAAGUUUCUCAGGGAUUCCAUGGGGCAAAUAUUGUGACGGUUUUGCUUUGUGGCGGAAAACUUGGACGCAGAAUCCACGGCGGGAAAAUACGUUUUUAUUUCCCGUCCAACUUUUUGUUAUGAGACUCACUUUGGCACGAAAGAGACUGCUGUGUGGCAGCGAGACCCCUCUGUGCGUCGGCGAGAGACUUCUUCACGUUCUACGUCAGCGUGGGGGGCAGCGAGACGCCCCUUGGGGUACCAGUGAGGGGUGAGAUAUCUUCAUGCCAGCAAGAGACUGCUCUACAUUGGCCAGUUUUGGGGGGAGAAUUUAAGAGAAACUGAUUGGCCGCUGAUGUUGAGUGAGCGCAAUGUCGGAGAAUGUUCCGGGGGCCGAGGAGACUGUUCCAUGUUUGAGCGUCAGAAGGACAAUAAAUAGGGGAAACGUCUAUCUCCAUCCAUUGCAUUGUGGGGGUUCAUUUCCAAGUAAUGAUAUGGGGGUGGGCGGAGCCUGCUUCUGCGCGGUUAUUGGUGGGAACUCAUUGCAAUUAAUCCCUAUUCCUCGCUUUGAAUUUCACGUUUCUGAGAAACAGACCUUAUUUAAAGGGGCAGUUCACCUUUUAUGUUAUAGAAUUAAUAAUUCUCAUCAGCUUUUCAAUUGGUCUUUAUUAUUUCUUUUUUAAUUAUUUGCCUUUUUCUUCUGACUCUUUCCAGCUUUCAAAUGGGGGUCACUGACCCCGGCAGCCAAACCCUAUUGCUCUGUGAGGCUCCAGUUUUAUUGUUAUUGUUACUUUUUAUUCCUUCUCUUCCCACUCAGGCCUCUCCCUAUUAUCUUCUCAUCAGUCUCUCAUUCACACCCCUGCCUGGUUGCUAGGGUAAUCUGGACCCUAGCAACCAGAUAGCUGCUGAAAUACCAAACUGGAGAUCUGCUGAACAAUUCAAAAACCAUAAAUAAUCAAAAAUGAAGACCAACUGCAAAUAAUGGCAGUAUAUUAUUCUCUACAAACAGUUAAUUUAAAGCUGAAGCGCCCCAUUAAGACAAUUUUCCCACAGGGUAAUUACGGCAGAGACUGCAGAAACGCAUUUGGGCAAUUAUUGCAAAUCGCCGCCAUUUUAUACCAUAUGAGGGGCAGGGAGACAUCUUGGAUUUGGGGGUCAAAAACUGUGAUUAUUGUGUUUUUUCUCAUUUCACCAAAGAAUCUUAAAUGGGAAUUAAAAAAGUUUAUCAAAGUUCUUCACAAAAAAACCAAGGAAAUCUGAUGUAGAAAAGCAGCGAAACUGUCACUGACAAAGGGUUUUUAUAAAACCAGCAGGGGGCGCAACCUGCAGAGCUGACACUCAUUCACCCCCCUCAUAGUGCCGGAUGGAGGAUCCCACAAGCAGACUGGCUGAGAACUACAAUUCCCACAGUGCUCUCCUCCCCAGUUUGGUUUGUAGGGGGUCAUUUAUCAAUGCUGGGGAAAUUUACCUGUGGGCAGUAACCUAUGGCAACCAAUCAAGUUGUUGUA